AUGGCGGCUGCAGUAGCAAGAAGUGCAAAGAAUUUAUUUAAUGGUUUCCCUUCAAAAUAUAAACUAAUAAGCCCAAGAAAUUGUUUAGGAAUUCAAAGAUUUUAUAGUACAGGUAGUGGUGUUGAAGUAGAAAGAGAAGAAUUUCGACUAGAAUAUCUUGAUGGCCUGCAAGAAGGUAUUGCUCUGUUUGUGUUCAAUAGACCAGAAGCUAAGAAUGCUAUGAGUAAGAAGUUUCUAGGUCUGUUUCUUGAUGCAUUGGCAUGUGUAAAGCAUGAUAAGAAUGUCCGUGCAGUUAUAGUGAAGAGUGACGCUCCAGGUAUAUUUUGUGCUGGUGCCGACCUGAAAGAAAGAGCCAAGAUGAGACCAGAAGAAGUAGCACCUUUUGUAUCCAGUGCUCGAGGAGCUAUAAAUGAUCUUGGUAACCUAGCCAUGCCGACAAUUGCAGCUCUUGAUGGACAUGCUAUGGGUGGGGGACUGGAGUUAGCAUUAGCAUGUGACUUUAGGAUUGCAGCCAGUAAUGCCAAGAUAGGACUGACUGAAACCAAACUUGCUAUCAUCCCUGGAGCAGGUGGAACUCAACGACUUCCACGAUUGGUUGGAAUAUCCAAAGCCAAAGAACUCAUAUUCACUGGCAAAGUAUUGAAUGGUUUGGAUGCUGCAGAAGUAGGAUUGGUUGACUAUGGUGUCCAGCAAAAUGCUGAGGGAAAUGCUGCUUAUGAAAAAGCACUUAGUUUGGCUGAAGAGAUACUUCCACAAGGCCCAGUUGCAGUUAGAAUGGCAAAGCUGGCUAUAAACAAAGGAAUGGAGGUGGAUUUGAAUUCUGCCUUGUCAGUGGAAGAGAUGUGUUAUGCACAAGUCAUCCCUACCAAGGACAGACUAGAAGGAUUGAAGGCAUUCAAAGAAAAACGGCCGCCCAAAUACACUGGGCAAUAAUUGAAGCAGGACUUGUACUUAAUAUGUGAAUAUAUUGUGAUAGACAUGUCAGUGGAUUCUGAUUGGCCCAGCGUCAAUCACAGUGGAGGAUCCAGGAAUUUAAAAAAAGGGGGGGUGACAAUGACAAAGGUUUUACCAGGUAUGCAAGGAAAAGGGGGUGGCUUUCUAAGGAUAAUACUGAGAAAUUAUAGCAAAAGGGGAGUGACUAGCCACCCCCUUCAUCACCCCUGGUUCCGCCCCAGCAUUGGCUUUGGUUUGUUCUGUAUGUUGUCCUUUUUUAAUGAAUGCGUCUUUUUGACCCUUUUUAUAAAAGGGCAUACUAAUGAGUGUUCUGUGUUGGUUGGAUGGGAUUACAGGGACAACAAUUUGGAUUAAAGUGGAAGGUGAAAAUAAAUUCAGAAAAAAAUGCCUUUAUUUGUUUUUUGUUUUUUGUAAGUGAGGAUAACAAAGUGUCCUCCAUGACACAAGUGAAUGUAAAAACCAAGCAAAAAUGCAGUACAAGGUUUUGGGUAUUUUUUGUGCUCCUUUGUCUUAUAUUUUGCUAGGUAUUUCCCUUGUGGUCACUCAUCAACAGACCUGCUAAAUGACUUUGCAUAAUGUGGAUGUAGGGUGUAUAUGACGUUUCGUGUUGUUCUGCCCAGGUAGAUUUUGAUGAGCAGUCCUACGUGCGUGGUGUUGGUACAACUAUCUAAUGAGCUCCCUCGAUGAGCUCUUGCCACUUGUGGCAAAUUACAAAACAUGUAUCUAAAUAAAUAAAAAUAUCUUAAAUAUG